CAACCACGAAGGUACCCACCAGCGAGCGAGCACAGUGGACGGGCGGGCAGAUGCGUGGGCGGACGACUGUUGUCUCGUGGGCUGCUGCUGCUGCUGCAUCUCGAUCAUUGUUUGACACCGAGGGGAAACGAAACGUACCGGCUAACCCUUCGGAUACGACGGAACAGGGCACAGGUACGCGACGCUCGAUGCCGAACGACGACCGAUAGUGUUGACCCUGAAUUUACAUUGGCAGCUCGGUGGUGGCGGGGCGGGGGCGGGGGGGGGUGGGGGGUUGGAUAGACAAGACUGUCAACAAUCGGACCGGGGAGAUACUCUGGAAAGUCGAGAGCUCGCCUCGCACUCUCUUCAUCGACGACAUACUACCUGUCUUGUGUCUCGGACUAAGUCCACCUUGUUGCCAGGCUCGGCCUGGCCAUUUGCGAAUCAAAGGUGGAAGGACGAACGGACCGAGUGUGGCUACAAUUAGCCAGACAGUGCCAUGGAAGGCUGAGCGGCAGGAUGGUUGGUAGCGGCGGUGAGUCAGGAUGCGGGAGGAGCAAGCAGAAUGUCACGCUCGGGUCACGGGUCACGUGAGGGAUGUAGCAGAAAUGUGCUCGCGCGAUUCUGCGACCCUCCACCCAACCCUCACAAAAAAAAACGGAAAGAAUUCUUGUCCUCAGCAAAAUCGUCGUGGGCAGGUUUGCCUAGAAAAUCAUCUACUUCCAACACCCGGGGGACGCCUCAAAUUCUUUAAGGAUGGAAAGUUUAUAUUGGAACUGUCGCACAGGAGGGAUGGGGAACGUACCACAUGGUUCCCUGUGCCUAAAAAGACGUUUUGGCCCCCGGCCAGCACUACACCCCAUAGGCACGAAAGCUCGACGUCUCUCAGCGUGUCAGAUGACAAUUCGUCGGUACAAUCGAGCCCCUGGCAACGAGAUCAUUGUUGGAAGCAAGCAGUACCCAGGCGUGGCAUAUCUUCCCAGCUGAAUUUCUACUAUCGUAGAUGUCCGAAGAACCGAUUUCCCGUACACCCACGGCUGUUAGCCAAAAAACGGAGAAAUCCCCACGAUCCUGUAUCCCUAACUUUGGACACGGAUACCAUUGCCGUCGUUUCAAAGGUGACCCGUAAGAUGAAUGGUACUCUGCCUGGCAAAACUUUAGCAAUCGUUGUGGAUAGGUUGGCCCGUCUUUUGGAUCCCAACGUAGUAUCACCUCGUAAAAGAAUAUUGCGAGAACUGGAACGAGUUACAUUGGGUGAUCACGCUUCGAAACGGCGAGCAGCUGCUCAGGCGCCCACCAUCGCGGCGCAUCCCUCCUCUCCCAAGCAACUGUCAUCUUAUAGUAUAACCAGUAUUUUGGGAGAAGAUAAGCCCAGUGCAGAGCCAGGUUUCUUGCGAACCUUACUCAGGCCUGAAGAUAAGCAGGUCUUCAAGUAUUCCUUGAGCCACACCUACCCCAGGGUGCGUAUGGACAGUUACGUGGCACCAGGGGGGGCUACACAGAUCAACCAUCCCAUGUACGGGGUAUCCAUGCUGCCACCUGGGCCUUACCGAGCUCCAGCAUGGAUCCACUACCCGCCACCUGUCCACUAUCAGCCGCCUAUGCCUCUCUACGCACCAUCUCCAACCCGGCCACCACUAUCGAACGUUCAUCACUACAAAGACUACGGGGAAGAAACGCUAUCACCUUCAGAUAUGCCCCUGAACCUAUCAAAGCACGCAAGUUGAGUCUCAGAACAUGGUGAGCUGGUGCCUUAUAUUCGCAAAUGGAACUGAAUCACUGCGUAUCAACACUGCCUGUGCAACAACAACGUAAUUUGUAAGUGCUCUCCGUUUUUUUUCUUGUUCUUAUUUUAAACCUGCCUACAUGUACUACUCACCGGCUAGGUUUUACCUGAUGACUUGCGGUCCGUAUGAAAGUUUCAGAGCACAAUCAAUUCUUGGGUUUGAUAG